AUGACAGUCACCUCACCAGUACCGUUCCUCUCCUCUUCUUACUCCUACACGUGCCAUCUCCGCCGAGCGGGCACCGCCACCGCCACCGCUACGGCAGCGUCAUCUGCUUCCGAAGACUUCGACUACCCUCUCGCCGACCCCUCCGUUCGAUGGCCCCACCUCCGCUUCCCGCACCUCCCCACGCCGCGCUUCCCCGCCACCGUCACCGCGGCACCUCCGGUCGCCGUCAGACCAUCCCAGGAAGUGGAGGACCCCGCGGCGACCUCCGCCUUCGCACCUUCACUCGUGGAGCCGCUGGACGCGCGUGCGCAUCGCGGGAGGGUGAAGAAGCUGAGCAAGCUCGCGCUGCGGCGGGCGCAGGACUGGCGCGCGCGCGUGGCCGGGCUCGCGGACGCCGUCCUCGCGCUGCCUCCCGGGGCUCCCGUCGACGACGUGCUCGACGGUGCUCGGGCAACGCCAGACGAGGUCGCCUUUGUCGUGCGCGCCGUCGGGGAGAGCUCCUGGCGGCGCGCGCUGGAUGCCUUCGAGUGGCUCGCCCGGAGCAGCGCCCCGGCUUCACGCGCCGUCGCAGUCGUUCUCGGCGUCCUCGGCCGCGCGCGCCAGGAUUCGACCGCUGAGGAGGUCUUCCUCCGCUUCGCCGGAGAGGGCGCCACUGUUCAGGUGUUCAACGCCAUGAUGGGCGUUUAUGCGCGCUCUGGCCGAUUCGAUGACGCACGGCAGCUGCUUGACACAAUGCACGACCGGGGGAUCGAUCCUGACCUCGUCAGCUUCAAUACUCUAAUCAAUGCCAGGUCCAAGGCUGGGUGUUUGGCCGCCGGCGUCGCCCUUGACCUCCUAUCAGAAGUCCGACAAUCUGGGCUAAGGCCCGAUGUUAUCACUUAUAACACGCUCAUCAGUGCUUGCUCACAGAGUUCUAAUCUGGAAGAUGCUGUGACGGUGUUUGAGGAGAUGAUAGCUUCAGAAUGCCGACCGGAUUUGUGGACAUACAAUGCAAUGGUGUCGGUGCAUGGCAGGUGUGGGAAGGCUGAGGAGGCUGAGCGGCUGUUUAGGGAGCUGGUGGAGAAGGGAAGGGAAUGUUGA